GAUGAUAGAUAAAAAAAGCUAUAAAAACCGAACGAUAUCAGAACUUGUAUAUAAACCCACGAACAACUGAACUGAAUGUUGAAUUAUCAGAACAGUUACUAAUUAUUUGUGUCAACAAACUUUCUUUGGAAUCAAACUGAGUAAAAAUAUUUUACAAUGAACGCUGCAUUAACGACAUCAAUUGUUUUACUACUGGUGACUUGGGGUCAGUGUUGUUCACAUGGAGGCAAAAAUCAAAAAGAGACAACAGGACGUGUAGAUGAUCGUGCUUUGUCUAGCACCGUCGUACUGAUUCUCAAAGAAGUUGGAUGGCCUAUAGAUACAACUUACGCGGACGAAAGAGAAUAUUACGGAUCUAUUGUCCACCCGAAAGCAGUUCUCGUAUUAUCACAUCCGGAAUUGUAUUCAGCACCCAAGCAACAUACAGUUAUUGGAGGCUGUCCUCAAGUAUUGAAUAUCGACAAUAAUUCAAAUUUGGAAGAUUGCCAACGGAAGUUAAUUUCAAGAAUAGCUCCGAUCCGUCCUACUGGAUCACAGACAAUGAUCUUGAUUCUCAAAGAAAAAUUCACAAUGAAUGAUAAAGUUAAUGUUAUUAGUUUGGCCACAAGUGCAAAGGGAUUAAAUUUCAAAAAUUGUUACGCUUUUGCCACGACAUAUUUAUUCAAUGACCAAGAUGCCCAUCUCGAUUAUAACGCUUUAUUAAUGGCCGUUUACAGAGUAAACCACACUGAGGACACAGUUCUUAUCUAUAAAAAUGAAGACGCUGAUUUCGUUCACGUCCAUGGUGGUAAUUCGGGCUAUAAACAUUCAGCAAUAAGAGUGCGGAACAUCAGAUCAUCUCCGAUAGUGUGUGAACGCACUGAUGCAGCCAACAACAAAGGACUUAUUUCUGUUUCACAAAUUGGAUUCCUCAAUAUCGAUAUGACAAUUGUCGACGCAAAAGAUGAAUUAAAUGUUGAACUAGAAGAAUCAUCUAAAAAAAUAUAUUCCGACGUGCCUAUAAUCAAUGCGGUUGUUAGUCGACUCAAAUAAACUGCACUUAAAAAAAAAAAAAAAACGAUGUUAGUAAUCCACGCAGUUUCUGGGUAUUAUAUUUAACUCUGAAUGCGGUAUUACUAUAGCAUUGAUGGUGUCAAUUUUCGUUCAUGUCUUAAUCGAUGUUUAAAAUGAAUUUCAUUAAUGCAAAUUUAGUAUGAUUCUAACCGAUUAAAAAAUACAAUAUAUUAAUCAAAAUAUGGCCAUACCAAAGAAUAACAACGAGACACCAGAGUAAGUCGAUAUUAAUACCGUUUUUUUAAACAGUGCAGUAGAAGAAAUUUUUUAAACUUAUCGAAUUAACCGUUCAUUUCAUACUACAUCGAUACAUUUAUGUUAAUAUAUACAUUUAUAUGUUAAAUAUAUUCAAAAAAUAAAAAAAAUAUACUGAUAUA